AUGGAUCCAUCAGACCCAGCAGCGUCCUUGGAGCGACCCCCCCGCACCAGCGCACUGCCUCAAUAUUACCGAAAGCUGUGCAGGCCAAAGCAGAUCCGCGUGGUCAGCAUUUCUCCUGGUCAGUGGAAAGACCCAAUACGAUGCAGGCUUCUUCACUAUGAGCUUAGCGAACUCCAUGAGGCCGAUUCGUGUUACAAGGCACUCUCAUACGUGUGGGGUUCUUCUGUCGUGAAAGACAUCAUCUAUGUUGAGGACAUCUCACGUGUUGGGAACAUCGUGCGUAUUGAAGACCACCCGGUAGAGAUCACCUUCAACCUGUUUUGUGCUCUCCGUUACCUGAGACACACCGAUCACGACGUUGUUCUAUGGGUGGACGCACUAUGUAUCAAUCAGGAAGACGAUAAAGAGCGCAGUCAUCAGGUUAGCCUCAUGCGGCAAAUAUAUGAACAAGCGAAGGAGGUCAUUGUUUUCAUGGGCGAUGGGCGAAGCCACAGAAUCCAGCGCUUAGAUCUGACAGAACCACCGAUGUGUCCGAAGAGGCAGAUCUACGGCGGUUAUAAAGACGAUGCCUUUUUAGACGAGUUCCUCGAGACUUGUCGCUCCGCUAAGCUCAAGGUCCUCAGGUCACCGGCCAGCGCAGGCCUCUGCGCGAUGGGUUUGGUGCGGCUCUUCUCAGCUGAAGACAAGAACGAAUAUUGUCGAGAGAUCAUGAGCCUUCGGGAACCAGUCAGGCGGCACUUAUUUGAGUGCCUCAAAUGCUUUCUGGUGUGUCCAUGGUGGAAAAGGAUUUGGGUCGUUCAGGAAGUUGCUGUGAGCAAAAAAGUCAUCGUGCAAUACGGCACCGUCUCUGCAUGCUGGGAGAUCUUCGUUGGCGCUACCAAUUUCAUAUCCUCACACCACAAAAGGACGACAGCCCUGGCAGAGCUGGAGCCAGAGAACUUGAAGGUCCUUGACCUACUCAACAGCCAGCUAUCCAACCUCGAGCGGACGCGACAGAGAUGGCAUGAAGAGGGGGGCACUCAUCUUGUCCAUCUCCUCCAGGAAUUCUCAAACCGUGAAGCUACCGACGACCGUGAUAAAGUGUAUGGCCUUCUCAGUCUUGCGAAAUGGGAGCACGGGAUAUCACCAGACUACACUCUCGACGUCUUCCAGGUCUACAGGAACACCUUCCUGGGUCGCAACGCAGCAGGUCCUGAUUUAGCCUGCUGGGCCGGUGACCAGAAACGCAAAAAUCGUCGCGAUCUCCCAUCCUGGAUCCCAGACUGGAGCCAUGGUCUCGAUAUAGCCGAUAGACGUCGCAUGACCCUCCUUGAUACGUACAAAGCAAAGACUGGAUGGACGCUCAAAGUCAUCCACGAAGAGCAGGAG